AUGAUUGAUGCAGACUCGAAUAGUCUGCUAACUCUUACCGUCUCCGAUUUCACAGGGCCGUCCGAUCGGUUCUUCCGGUCGCGAUCCCGACCUACAUAUUUGCAGUUACAUAUUAGAGCAGAUGGGGUGGGGUUUUCUGUGAAUGGUGUGAUAAUGCUGGCGUUUUUGUGGGUGUUGAAGGCAUUUCUUGAGGCCGUCUAUGAUAUCUGCAGGCGCUCUCUUGACAUUGAGCGACCUACCUACACAAACCUCAACCGACUUGUAACUCAGGUCAUUUCCUCUUUGACUGGCUCCUUGAGGUUUGAUGGUGCUCUCAAUGUGGAUGUUACUAAAUUCCAGACCAACUUGGUUCCCUACCCCAGAAUUCACUUUAUGCUUUCUUCCUAUGCGCCUGUCAUCUCUGCUGAGAAGGCUUACCAUGAACAGCUCUCAGUGGCCGAGAUUACCAACAGUGAGUUUCAGCCCUCAUCUAUGAUGGCCAAGUGCGAUCCUCGCCAUGGGAAAUACAUGGCUUGCUGUUUGAUGUACCGUGGGGAUGUUGUGCCCAAGGAUGUAAAUGCUGCUGUUGCCACCAUUAAGACCAAGCGCACAAUCCAAUUUGUUGAUUGGUGCCCUACCGGAUUCAGUUGCGGUAUCAACUACCAGCCGACUGUUGUCCCUGGAGGUGACCUUGCCAAGGUGCAGAGGGCUGUCUGCAUGAUCUCCAACUCAACCAGCGUUGCUGAGGUCUUCUCAAGAAUUGACCACAGGUUUGAUCUCAUGUAUGCCAAGCGUGCUUUUGUGCACUGGUAUGUGGGUGAGGGUAUGGAGGAAGGUGAGUUCUCUGAGGCCCGUGAGGAUCUUGCUGCCCUUGAGAAGGAUUAUGAAGAGGUUGGUGCCGAUUCUGCUGAGGGCAAUGAUGAUGAAGGGGAAGAGUACUGAGAUGGCCUAUGAUUGGAAGAAGUUGCAAUUCUAUGUCUUGCAGUUGCAUCUCGUCUAUUAUGUUUGGUUUAGCCUAAAACUUGUGUGAUUCACUGUUGUUUCAAUAUUGUGAAAGACUGUUU